GCAUGGGCCACGCUCGCUGCGGGCACUGCGCGGUCUUCCUCGUGGCCGCGCUGGUGCUGGACGGGGCCGGCUUAGCGCUGGUGCUGGCGGGCGCCGUGGGGCGGCCGACGGUGGACGGGAUCCCCUUGGAGGAUUUCCUGGUGUUGACCGGGUCGCUGCUGCUCGCCCUGUCGCUGCUCUGCUGGCUCUUCUGGUAUUCGGGGAACCUGCGCGGGGUGCCCGCCGAAGAGCUCCAGAUCGGGGGGCGCCCCGCCGCCGAUGCCGCCGCCGCCGCAGGCACGACACAGCCCCGUCGCCGGCAGAGCCUCCUGCGCCUGGCCGCCAAGCUCUCCGAGCGCCUCUCGCAGCGCCGCCGGCCGGCGCCUGCGCCCUGCGCGCCUCUUGGCUCCGGCCUUCCCGCGAAGGCCACGCGAGGCGCGGCGGCGGGAGCGGGAGCCGCCGGGCCCCUGGAGCUCAGCUGCCUCCGCCCGGCUGCGCCGCUCGAGCAGGGGCCCGCGAGGACGCAGGAGCGGCUGGUGUGAAGCGCUGCCUCCCGGGGAACCUGCCCUUCCUUCGUCCGUCCUCCCUGCCCUGGACCUUUCUUUAACCCUCGUCAAAGGAAGGAUGGAAGAAAAGGCACAUGGUCAGAAAUCCCCUGGGAUAGACAGGUCUCUCCCUCCGCACUUCGCGGUGUAACUGCCUCGCUCCGUUUAAUAUAUAUGGAAUUAAAUGGUAUGUGACUUGUAGGACGUGGGGCGCACAGCUGCCGGACACGCUGAGCCCCGGCACCUCUCUUUCCAAUAGUAAUGUUGCCAGACGGUGGGCCCAUUCUUUCAUUGCUCAAGCAGUUUCGUACUUCUUAAGCUCAGGAAGACCUUAAGCUGAGCUUAAGCGGCGACCCUCUUGUAGCCCAGAAACAAAGCAAUAAAUGGCCCUGCUGAGCGUGUGCCGACUGCCUUUCCUUCCACGGUCAGCAUGGGUCUGCCGACAUCUACAUGCCAAUCCAGAGUGUGCCAUAUUGCCAUUGAUUGGUGGGACACCCUCCUGCACCAGAGCUGGUGGAAGAGCCUCAUUUUAUGUACAUCAGCCUUGGAUGUGUGGGUUUGCCAAAGACUAUUGUGCCAAAGUAUUGUACUGCCAGCUCUUUGAAUGCUCUUUGCACAGCCCCCUGCAAAGACUUGAGAACUUACCUUCACAAUGGAGUCAAGCUGCCCUUUGAACUGCGGAAGGGACUUUUGAUACUGAAUCUUUGUGGUGGAUUUUCAUAGGCACAGCCCAGUCUUGUACUGUGUUUUCUUCAGUACUCACUGAUGGCUUCUCUGCCCUGUAAGGCUUACUUAGUAAAAAGAAAUAUGUUAAGACCAUUGCUGAUCCACAGCUAAGCUAUGCAAACAAGCUGAUGUUCCUUUUGGACCCUCUUCUCUAAGAAGCUUUAGGUAUGGUUAAUUUGUGCAAAUGUGUACUUGUUUACAAGAAAAGUGAGGACUGCAGAGACUUUUUUAUAAUAAAUAUUGAUUUAUUUAAA